CUCACGUAACGAGUUCUCCUUUCGCUUCUCAUCUUCAUCACGUUCCUUCCUCGACAAUAUGCCCGCCGAGAAUCCGCAAUUCGGCUGUUUUACUUUGCAGCAAGCCUCCCCUGCAGGAACUGUCUUUCUGUCUGAUGUUGGCCAAGAUGGACAGCCUGCUCGAAAACGCAAAGUUCAUACGAAGUCCAGAUUGGGAUGUGCCGGGUGCAAGGCCCGCAAGGUGAAGUGCGAUGAGGAACAGCCAUGUCGAAGCUGCGUGAGGCGAAAUCAAGAAUGUAUUCGGUGCUGUAAGGCCUUGCGAAAACCGAACUCGUCAAUACAUACCCAACACCAACAUCCCCCGAGAGUCGCUAACAGCUCACCGCCAAGCCUGGCUCUUGAGGUAGCCCCAAUGAAUAAAGAACAUUUGCGCUUAUUGCAUCACUUCGAAGCCUUCACUUCUAAAACCUUCAUCAUGGAACCGGAAACCUGGAAACAUGCUGUUAUCAAGUUAGCACUGCAAAAUGAGUUCCUCAUGCAUACUAUCUUCCUUGUUACAGCGACACAUCUUCAACACCUCCAGCCACACGAGACAAGACAUCGCAUUGUAGCCCUACAGAACCUUUCUCAAGCCCUGCCCGGCUUCCGCAAUGCUAUCGAUAAUCUAUCUGGCAGCAGAGAAUAUCCCAUGGAGAUGGCAGAAGCACUGAUAGCAUGCUCGUUGCUCCUUCUACAGUACUCUUGGAACUUCGAUAGCGAAGUCUGGAACCGCGAUGAAAGCCUGACUGGACUUUACCGCGGCUUGAUGGCUAUCACACUCUCGUGUCUAGAUGAAGUCAGGGAAGGAUCCCUCUCUCCAAUGUUAACAUACAGUCCACGACUCCACAUCGAGCAACGUAUGAGAAUCGCGGGCACGGCAUACAAGGUCGACGGCGUUCUGUUACACGUCCUCUCUUGCACGAAAAUUUCAAAUAUUCAACCUGAGAACCCGAGUGACUUUCUCGAUCCGAUCGAGAGGCUCAAUUCCAUCCUCUGGGCCCUAGACCCUGACCGCAACGGGUCUGCUAAUUUGGAUCUUGAGCUUCCUGCUGCAAGGUACUUGUUUAACUUGCCAAAUUGGCUUCCGGAUGGGUUCAUACGGCUCGUCAAGAUGAACGAUGGGAGGGCGCAAACCUUACUACUUUAUAUGUUUGCUGCAAUAACAAGAUUGAGGUCAGAACGGUUCUGGUGGAUGAGAAAGAGAGCGCUUUAUCUGUUUGAAGAGAUCUCACUCAGUCUAGGGAACAGAUGUGUGGAAUGCACUAGUCGUGCUCAUGAGAUCUUCCGACGAGAAGAAUGAUAUUAGAUAGCGGUUUUUGUAUCUAGCGUCCACCCAUCAUUUCUCAACUCAAUAUCAUCCGGAUGCACCAAAUAUAUUUCCCCAAAUAAAC